GAAGGCAGUGUAUAAAGUCAAGUGUCAAACGGGCUCGCGCAGCGCAUCGCCGUGCAGCCUCCUACAUCAGCAGCAAAAGCAGCAGCGACAACUACAUUAUCAUCACUAAUAACAACAGCAACGAUUACGAAAUCUGCACAAUAAGCAUGAAUGAUUAUAUUUCGCCGUUCGCUGACGGCGAGCCGGAGUCGUUCGAAGACUUCAACGAAAACAUCGGCAACAGCGGCGAUAAAGACGAUUUUUAUAUUUAUCAAGACAACAACACAGAUGUCCCUGCUGCAGUAGCAGCAGCAGAGCUGCACACGCAGCUGGUGCCAGCUAUAUUGUUGUUUAUUUGCAUCUUGGGUCUCGUGGGCAACGGCAUGGUUGUCUACGUCAUUGUCCAUUACGUCACCAUCCGCAAAGUGACGUAUUUGUACCUCAUGAAUCUGGCGGUUGUGAACAUACUGUACCUGCUGGCCAGUGCUCCUAUCACAGCUAUCAACUACGCCCUGACCGACUGGCCAUUCGGACCUUUUGUUUGCAAGCUGAAUGGAUACAUUUCGUCCGUCUGUCUGUCAGUGAGUGUUUUGACACUAACGGCGACAGGUUUUGAUCGCUACUUAGCAGUGCUGCAUCCUGUCCAGUCAAGAAGUUUCAGAACAGAGAAGAAGGCUUUGGGUGUGGUAGCGAUCAUCUGGGUUACCUCCCUGGUGCUGAUGGCGCCGCGCGUGCUGUUGUACGAAGUGUUCGACUUGUUUCAUGUGCACGACAUCAGGACCUUCUGCUCCACGUUGGAGGCCGGGGAAGUGGCACGGCGAUGGACAGCAGUCUGAUGUUCCUGGGCACCUACCUCCUGCCGCAGAUCGCC